AUGAACGAUUUGAAGUGGAACGGCAAAGAGAUAAUUUCUUUUUUAAACAUUUUCCAAAACUAUCCGUGUUUGUGGGACGUCCAGUCGGACAAUUAUUUAAAUCGUAACGUGAAGGACGAGUCGUACCCAAAGCUUUUAGAAGACCUGAGAAUCGCCGAAAUUCCUGGUACACCCGAGUUGAUAAAAAAUAAAAUAAGAAUCUUACGGGACACCUAUCGAAAGAAACUUUACGAGUUUCAAAAGUCGAAUGACGGUGCAAACGUUGAGGUGCACAAGCCAAAGCUGAUAUGGUUUUCUGCGGCCGAUGUAUUUAUUCAUCGUUCGGCCACUGACGGGGAAUCAUCUUCAAAUUUGCAAUGUUCAACCCCUGAAGAUGAUGAAGACACAGCAAAUGAUACUGAGUUUGAGAGUGACUCUGAGCAUUCGACUGCAGAAUCACAAAAGGAAAAGCUAGAAUCACAAAGUCUUGUAGAAUCUUUACGAUCUGCUUCUACUACACUGUCUACACCUACAAGAAAGCGUCCACCAUUAAAAAUGUUACCACCACAUCCGGAAAAAUUCUUGAAACAGCAGCCACAACAUAAACAAUUACCAAGUAUGUUUGAAAAGGCAGUAAAUAAACUUCAGAAGAUCACGGAACAAAGUACUGCAGACACAGAAGACCAGUAUGAUAUAUUUUCAAAACAUCUUGCUUCCCAAUUGCGAGAGCUCCCAACUAGAAGUUUUAAUUUUCUUCAAAGUAAAAUACAGAACCUAAUUACUGAAGAGAGGAUGGCUUGUAUAAAUUCAAGUACCAUUCCACCUCAAUCACAAGGUGUUGAUAUGAGUAGCCAGAACAGCACUACAUUCCAGAAUUUUGAUUCAACGUAUUGUGAAUAUGAAAAUACACAUAGUGGAACAUCCGACACCUCUUCCUACAUUGAAGAAGGUGACACAUAUGGAUAUUCUUAA